UCUUCCGGCCAUUUGAAAAAUACGGUUUGAUUUCGGUUCGACUCCAAAACCGGUUCGAACCGAAUUGUGAACGGCCCUUUGGCCUUUAAUGAUACUCCAAUCACUGACCCGCUUCUGUCCUCCGGCGUCCAAACCCUCUCUUCGUUUCUGGGUUCUCUCUGCUCUCUCAUCUUCGCCAUGAACAUCUCCUCCCUUGCUUUUGAUGCCACUCCCUUCCCCUCCGCCACAUGGCCGUCGCCGACCUGCCGGAGACCCCUUUCUGAUCGCCGCCCAGCGCUCAUUUUUUGCUCUUCUGCUAAACCCGCGGCGGCGGCGGCUACUUCUUCUGUGAGUGUGCCGGAGUCGGCGAGGAAGGAGGGGCUGAAACGAAUUGGUGAACUGGGACAGGUAUCGGGCGUGUUAGGCUGCCAGUGGGGAGAUGAAGGUAAAGGUAAACUCGUUGACAUCUUGGCUCAGCACUUCGAAAUCGUCGCUCGCUGUCAGGGCGGGGCUAAUGCUGGACACACGAUAUAUAAUGCUGAAGGGAAGAAGUUUGCUCUUCAUCUCAUUCCCUCUGGGAUUCUUAAUGAAGAUACUUUAUGUGUUAUUGGAAAUGGGGUUGUCGUGCACGUGCCUGGUUUCUUUGAAGAAAUAGACCGUUUGGAAGCAAGCGGAGUCUCAUGCAAGGGAAGGAUCUUGGUGUCUGACCGAGCCCAUUUGCUAUUUGAUUUCCAUCAGGAGGUGGAUGGGCUUAGAGAAGCUGAACUAGCUAAAUCUUUCAUUGGAACCACCAGAAGAGGGAUUGGACCUUGUUACUCCAGCAAAGUGAUUAGAAAUGGUAUUAGAGUGGGUGAUUUGAGGCACAUGGACACUCUUCCUCAGAAACUUGACCUUCUACUUUCAGAUGCUGCUUCGAGAUUCAAGGAUUUUAACUAUACCCCAGAAAUUCUGAAGCAAGAAGUUGAGAAGUACAAAAGAUAUGCUGAGAGAUUGGAACCCUUUAUCACCGACACUGUGUAUUUCAUGAAUGAUGCUAUCUCUGCAAAUAAGAAGAUUUUGGUUGAAGGAGGUCAGGCAACUAUGCUCGAUAUCGACUUUGGAACUUAUCCUUUUGUAACUUCCUCCAGCCCUUCAGCAGGUGGGAUUUGCACUGGCCUUGGGAUUGCUCCAAAGGUUCUUGGUGAUCUUAUAGGAGUGGUGAAGGCAUACACUACUAGAGUUGGUUCGGGCCCUUUUCCUACUGAGAUCUUGGGAAAAGGAGGUGACCUACUCAGAUUUGCUGGACAAGAAUUUGGCACCACAACUGGUCGUCCUCGUCGCUGUGGUUGGCUUGAUAUAGUUGCACUAAAGUAUUGCUGUCAAAUUAAUGGAUUUUCUUCUCUGAAUCUUACAAAACUUGAUGUUCUUUCGGAACUGCCUGAGAUACAAUUGGGGGUUUCUUAUCGGCAACCUGAUGGAACACCAGUCAAAUCAUUUCCUGCAGAUCUUAGUCUUCUUGAACAAAUAAAGGUGGAAUAUGAAACAAUGCCUGGAUGGACGAGUGACAUCUCUUCAAUAAGAGACUAUUCUGACCUUCCCAAGGCUGCAAAAGAAUAUGUAUCAAGGAUUGAAGAACUUGUGGGCAUACCCGUGCAUUACAUCGGUGUCGGUCCAGGCCGUGAUGCACUGUUAUACAAAUGAUUCGGGUCGUCAAUUGAUCCUUUCUUAUGCGUGCAAUUUGACUAUGCUGGUGGAGCUCCCAGGUAAGGUGGAGCUUGCACUGGCAGAGGAAUUUUAACCACAUGUCAUCAUCUUGAGAUAUAUUUUUGGAGUAAAUUCAAGAAUCUUGCAUAAGCAUUUGAAUAUGAUGGUAGUUGAGGCUGUUGUAACAUUUCUCAUAUGAUUAGGAGAGCCUAAUGUAGUUCUUUUGAAGGGCUCGAUUAGCACAGGAAAUGGUAUGGAUGGAUACAGAUAUAGACCAACAAGAAUAAUUAUGCAGAGUUCACAUGUCUUGCGGCGAGGUCGAUUUGAUUCGAUUUUUGGCUGAUGUCGAAUUGAUCUAUGAAAAAUUUGAUUUUGAAAUCAACUUUUUGAAUUCUUAUUUAA